GGCCCAGGUCUGUGGCUGGAGUGUGAGCAAGGAGCAGUUCCCUGACAAGCAAACAAGCUGACGGUGUUUAGAAACUCCCUUAGAGACAUGGUCCUUUGUUUCAUUUCUCACACCACAUGACAAAGAGGAAGAAUUUAGGUAGAGCUGAUUGUAAAGGAGGGAAAACAUACCAUGGUCUUCCUUCAGUUGGCAUCCUGAGGACGUGAAGGACAGGGUUGUAAAGGCGAUGAAGAGCACGUUCCUUCUCUUCAUUUUGCUGCGAGUAGUGUCUGGAAGGAGAACCCCACUGCUUAUGGGCUUACCUAAUACAGCGACGGUUGAAGAAAAUGCACCAGCUGGUGUUUCCAUUUAUACCUUCAAUGUAACUGGUUCUCCAUUGUCUUCUGGAGUUGUUGCAAUACACCCUACCAUAGUAAAUUCGAAUCCACUUACGGAGGCGUUCGCUCUUGUAUCCGCAGGAGAUCUCAUGUACAGGGUUGUUACCACUGGAAACCCUGUCCUAGAUUAUGAAACUAUGCCAAAGAGCUUUGAUUUACAGAUUUUUGUUGAAGAUACCGCUGGGAGGACUGACCUCAGCACACUGACUGUCCAACUUGCGGAUAAGAAUGAACGUCCUGUGUUCUGGGGAAAUAUGGCAAUUCAAACUGUGAGGAUCUAUGUCUUGGAAGGGACGCCUCCUGGACUCAUCUACAGAGUCAAUGCAACUGAUCCUGAACAUGGUCAACUUAAAUAUUCGCCGCUCCCUGAAUCGGUGCCAUUCUGGGUCUUGGAAAAUGGAGACAUUUUGUCAAAAAGAGAAAUAGAUUACGAGAAGGAUCCACACAGCUAUUUUUUAAACAUAACAGUGACAGAUCCAGAAGGACUGAACUCUACUAAAACAGUGAAUAUAAAUAUAAUUAACAUCGAUGAUGAAAGCCCUUACUUUACCACAAAACAACGGAUCUACAGGAUUCCCGAGGAACAAAGCCCAGGAACUGUUGUUGCCAAUAUAACAGCUAAAGAUCCUGACGAUGAAGACUCUCCCAGCAGACUUUUCUACAGCAUCCAGUCCUCUGACACAUAUUUCUCCAUAAAUCCAUCAACUGGAGUGCUGCAGGUGACUGGGAGAAUGGACCGCGAUGUCCCUCCCCUGAAGCUCCAUCCCAAUGUCUCCGUGAUAGUUCGGGUGGAGGACAGUCCUCAUGGGGGGCACUCCAGUGAAAUGGAGAUCACAGUCAUCAUUGGAGAUAUCAAUGACAACCCACCAGAAUGCAAUCCCUCCACCUUCAGGAAAGAGAUAAAUGAAAAUACUACUGCUGGGAUAGUUCUUCUUGAUCUCAGAAACAGCUGUAAAGAUGUUGAUGUUGAUCCACCAAACAAUCUAUUUAGUUUCACUGGAUUAUCCGGUUUUGGAAGCAACAACUUUGCUCUGGAUCCUGCUGAGUCUGGAAGACUUGUGAUGACUGAAAGCAUUGACUUAGAAAAUCCAUCUACUCCAGGAAUUGAAGUUUAUUCUCUGGCUGUCAGGGUGCAAGAUAUCGCCCCUCCUAACUACUCAAAUACCAUUUACAUUUAUAUCAGGAUCAAGCCAGUGAAUGAAUUUUUUCCAAUCUUCAGUAGUCUAUCAUAUGAGUUUAAUGUUUCAGAAAUUACUAAAGUUGGAUCCACUAUUGGAAAAGUAACUGCCAGCGAUGCAGACUGGCCACCCAGUGUCAUCACUUAUUCCAUUAUAGCUGGAGGAGGGACCAAGGAUUACACAAACGCAUUCUGGAUCAGCCCAAGUAAUGGAGAUGUGAAGAUUUUAGCAAGAUUAGACUAUGAAACAACUCAGAAACACUUUUUCACAGUGCAAGCCUCGGAUCAAGAGAAGACUGCAACAGCAUCUGUAACUGUCAAUGUUUUGGAAGUAAAUGAUGAAGAACCCAUUUGUUCACCCAGUUUCUAUUCAUUUCAAAUCCCAGUUAGUUUAGCAGUAGGUACCAAUGUCAAUGGCUUCAGGAUUCAGUGUCAAGAUCGUGAUUCUGAUCCCAGGUCUUUCCGUUACUUCAUUAAAGAAGGCAACAUGAACAAUCAUUUUACCUUUUCACCAGUGGCUGGAUCCAACACAUCUCGGCUGAUUCUUGCAUCUCCCUUUGACUAUGAGAGUGGGCUUGAUACAAAAUGGAUUUACAGGCUGCUUGUCUAUAUAACAGACGACAAUUUAUUAUCUGCCAAGAACAAGGCUACACACCUAGUUAAAACUGGAACAGUGACUUUAAGCAUCAGAGUUAUCCCAAACCCAACAACUGUCACUACCACGACGCCCAGCUUUACAGUGGUGACAAAGAGGGAGAACCUCUACUUGGACUCAGCGUGGUACGUGCCAUUUGUCACCACGCUGGGAGGCCUGAUGCUCCUGGGACUGCUGGGGCACCUGGGGAACCUCCUGGCCAGGUGGCUCUGUGCCCACUGCCCACCUGCACCCCGAGCCGACAGCACACCUCUGAUAAAUGCUCCAGAAAAGAAGAAACCUAAGAAAGAAGUGGCUUUGGAAAUGAUAAAACUCAACACUGUAUUUGAUGGAGAAGCCAGAGACCCAGUCACUGGCAAAAUGUAUGAAUUCAAUACCCAGUCAGGGGCCCGGAGGUGGAAGAAGAGCAAUGAGCCCCUUCAGCCCACUGCAGCCAUGCAAGUAACACCAAGUGUCACAGGCAAUGGUGGCCAAGAGACAAACAGCGCAGAGGUUCCAAGCAAGAAAGAGACUAAAGAGAAGAGGAAAGAGCCAAGAGAAGCUGCCAAUCCCCCAACUGGGUCAUCUCAAGCACCAGGACAGGAUAGGAUGGAAGUACCAAAGCGGAAAGAGGAGCCUGAGGGCAGGGAGUUGCUCUCAACAGCCCAGCAGCUCAGACACUGACUCUUCUCCCUGAAUAAAUGCUGCAUUUGGUUACACCAGGCCUAAAGAUUUCUGCCCAUCUCAGCUGCAGAACAUCAGGUGGCCUCUGCUGUGGACACAAGGGCAGGAUGAAGCUGGGCUUAACAUUGACGUGACUGGGAGAGAAGGGAAGGAAAGUAACAGGGCAGUGACUGUGAUCUGGGAGAAUGCAGCAUAACAUAGUUUGAAAGCAGUUUUGGAGUGGAGACAAACCACAUCUUGUCAUGGCAACUCAGGGCCUCCUGUCCACACAUUCAGCUUAUUUCUCUUUUGUACCAUGAGCAGCAUCCAAUAUCUUCACCUUUGGUAUUUCCUUUGGCACAUUCAGUGUUUUACAGAAUCAAGUGGAGCGCACUUAAAAGAAUAAUUACAGUAAACACAUGUGGUGAAAUAAUCUCUUCCAAGUGUGAGCGUGUAUAAUGUAAGUACUGUCUAGGAACCUGAUAUAAAACAAGCAAACCCUGCAAGAUUUCAGAACAUUAUUUUAAUCGGAAGAAAAUUAAUUAUAAAUGAUUACUUAAUUCUCA